AUGGAUCGCCUCGAUACGUUGCUCAUCAACGCCCGCGACCGGCUUGGCUGCAGCGGUCUACGCAAUCUGCACGACUUGGGCCAGAUGCGACAGGAGACACUCGAGAAACGCAUUGCGGCUGCCCAGCACCGGCUCACGGUACGCAACACCCUCUCCAUAUACACUGCCUGGCUUUGGGAGAGGGCGUUCUCCAUUGCCCCCAAGAACCUUCAGCUCGUUAUAGAGAAAUGGUGCGUAUAUCUUUGGGGCAUUGGAUGCACACGCGAGAUGGCUCGCGUUGCGUGGACAGAGGCCCAAGCCAUGCUUGGGCCUUUCCUGCUCGCCCGACCGCCGCCUCCUGGCGCCGUACACAUGAAGAUCGGAUCUUCCAUUACCAACCAAUUCCCCACGGCUCCCAUUGCCAAGCGGAAGCUUGAUGUGCUGGAGGACGGCGCCAGCCCGGACGAGCUGACGGUUGACGACAAGACCCGUCGAGAUGCGUUACCGCCCUCAGCGAAGAGGCAGAAAGCUAGCCAUACUGCUCAAGGCAUUGCUGUUCCCCCGAUGUAUCAGUCGUUGCCCCUUCUACCUCUACCGACUCCUGCUGGCCGGGGGGACUUUCUCUCACUGUCUCCCCGUAAUGGGGACGAGAGCACGCGUUCCAUUGACAGCGCGGCACGUCGCGGUAAAGAAGAGAACGAGGCAAUAUGGGCCAGAGAAGACUUCAGGUUUAACUUUAGGAGUGAGUACAGCUUCGCCAUUAGGCAGUUGGGUCUAAACUAA